AUGGGAGAGAAGGCCGUCAGGGUGCCCGAUGGGAGGGCUGAGGGCGGCAGCAGCCACUGGUGCGAGGGGACCCGCCGGGUGGCGAAGCCGCUGUGCCAGGAACGCGCGGGAGGCCCCGGUGUGUUCAUCGCAGCAGGCACACCGCGUGGCGGGGGGGACAAUGAGAGCCGGGCCGUCCAGUACCUUCGGGAGCCGGGGGAUGACAAGUUCAUCCAGAACCGGCUCCAUGUGGGGCUCUCACAGUCCUGUGGAGGAGGCCUCAGCAGCUCAGAGUCUCUUCGCAAAGCCAAGUCCUUUCCCGGCCCCCACCCCUGUCGUUCCCCACCGCCCCCCCAGGACAAGAUGGGAGUCACCGCCGUGUUUGUGCUGCCUCUGCUGCUCCUGGGAAUCAGCGGCCUUCUCUUCAUUUACCAAGAGGUGUCCCGGCUGUGGUCCAAGUCAGCCGUGCAGAACAAGGUUGUUGUGCUCACCGAUGCCAUCUCGGGACUGGGCAAGGUGGUGGACGCAUCCCUGGGCUCCAGCCCCCGGGGCGCACCUGGGAGAGGCGAGGUUCUCACGGAGAAGUGGUACGUGAUGAUGAGCCCUCCGGGCUGCCCCUCCCAAGGAGAGUGUGCUCGGGUGUUCCACACUGGUGGGGCGAGGCUGGUGCUGUGUGGAAAGAACUGGGAGAGGCUGGAGACCCUGUAUGAUGCCCUGAUCUGCGUGGCUGACCCCAGCAAGACAUUCACCCCAAAGCUGGUUCUCCUGGACCUCUCGGACAUCAGCUGUGUCCCAGACGUGGCCAAAGAGAUCCAGGACUGCUACGGCUGUGUGGACAUCCUUAUCAACAAUGCCAGCAUGAAGAUGAAGGGGCCUGCCCAUAAGAUUUCUCUGGAGCUCGACAAGAAGAUCAUGGAUGCUAAUUACUUUGGACCCAUCACACUGACCAAAGCCCUGCUCCCGGACAUGAUCUCCCGGAGGACCGGCCAGAUCGUGCUGGUGAAUAACAUCCAAGGGAAGCUUGGAAUCCCAUUCCGUUCAGCGUACGCCGCCUCCAAGCAUGCGGCUCUAGGCUUCUUCGACUGCCUCCGAGCCGAAGUGGAGGAGUACGACGUGGUGGUCAGCACAGUGAGCCCCACUUUCGUGCGGUAGUACCGCGUGGAUCCAGGCCAAGGGAGCUGGGAGGCGUCCAUCUGGAAAUUCUUUUUCAGGAAGCUCACCUACGGGGUGCACCCCGUGGACGUGGCCGAGGAGGUGAUGCGCACCGUGAGACGGAAGAAACAAGAGGUCUUCAUGGCCAACCCCAUCCCCAAGGCUGCCGUGUACGUCCGCACCUUCUUCCCUGAGUUCUUUUUCGCCGUGGUGGCCUGUGGGGUGAAGGAGAAACUCAACGUCCCAGAGGAGGGCUAACCGCAGAGGCCAUGUGGGUUCCCUCGACGGGAAUAAAGGCUUUCUUGGUGGGUGCUGGUCUUCUGUCUUCUCAACUGGCGCCCAUCACCAGCCGUAUCCCCCCAACCCGCACCCACCUAUGGGAGAUGUUCUUAAUCCCAGUGAGGAUGGCUUGGACACCAGCCCAGCCACUUACAGGUGUCUCCCGCUCAA